AUGUCAAGGAAUAUAAAUAGAAAGAAACUGGAUCCAGUUAUUAAGUCUAAAAUAGAUACAUUAAUAGAAUUGUUUCCAGAUUGGACGAAUGAUGAUUUAAUCGAUAUAGUCCUGGAAUACGUUGACCUAGAAACAAUAAUUGAUAAAAUCACGUCCGGUGCAGUGACCAAAUGGGAUGAGGUGAAGAAGCCUGUGAAGAAGGAAAAAUCACAUACUAGUAAUCAUACAUCGUUAAAUAUUACAUUACCAAAGCCGGAAGAUGACUGGACUCCUCCUCGUAAGAAGACUGUCAAGCCAGUACAAAAGAAGACUACGGCAAUCGUCCUGGAAAAGGUGAGACCUUCUACAAAACCAGUUUCUUCAAAGACAUCAUGGGCAAGUGCAAUUGCAGUGGAAAAAUCCGAAAGUAAUGAAAUUCAGGUAGAAACAGAAGUAGCAAAGGUAGAAGACGAAGCAAUGAAUGGAGAUGCAGAACCGGUUAAUGUAGAAAUUCCAAAGAAAUUGGAGUCGUUAACGAGUGCCGUACCAGCUGCUACAACCAAGAAAAUGUCUUGGGCAGCAAUCGCAUCAAAACCAAUUGUUCAAAAGGGUUUGGAUAAUAUGGACGAUUUGAAGGAAGAAAUUGCAAAGGUUGCAAACGAGAAAGAAAAUGAAGAAGAAAGUGAAGAAGAAAGUGAAGAAGAGAGUGAAGAAGAGAGCGAAGAGGAAAGUGAGGAAGAAAGUGAAGAGGAGAGUGAAGAGGAAAGUGAGGAAGAAAGUGAAGAGGAGAGUGAAGAGGAAAGUGAGGAAGAAAGUGAAGAAGAAAGUGAGGAAGAAAGCGAGGAAGUUCCACAGGUUCAACAGGCUAUUCCACAGGAAGUGCCAGCUCCAAAGGAAGCAACAGCUCCACAAAAAGUUACCAACUCAAAAGAAGUCACUGCUGAAGCCUCCACUGAAGUUCCUGCACAGGUUCCAGCUGCAUCUCAAGCUUCCAUCCAGCAAACAACAUCCCAAUCGAAUGCCGCUAUGGCUGCUGCCACCGCGCAACAACAAUAUUACAUGUACCAAAACCAAUUUGCCGGCUACAACUACCCAGGCAUGUUUGAUAACCAAUAUAAUGCAUACCAACAAGGCCAAUCAAACGUCCAACCAGGUGCUAACGCAAACCAAUACAAUAUACAACAACAAUCAUUUAAUGAAAAUGGUACCAACGGCGCUGCUGCUGCUGCCCCUUCUCCAUCUGUUGCCCAUGCUCAACAACAACAAAUGCAUGGUGGCUCCUUUAUGCCUUACUACAACCAUUUCUACCAGCAAUCCUUCCCUUACGGCCAACCACAAUACGGCGGACAAUACCCAUACCAGGUCCCAAAGGCUGGUUACAAUUAUCCAAACCAACAAAAUCAAUAUCCACAACAAACUAACACUACAGCACAACAAGGUGAAGAGCAACAGCCUCAACAACAAAGAGCACAAGGUCAAGCUAAUGGACAUCAACCAACUGCACAACAAAUACAAUUACAACAAUACUACCAAUUUCAACAGCAGCAACAAGCUGCCGCUGCUCACGCCGCACAACAAGGUAUUCCAUACGGUUACAACGGCUACGACUAUACUUCUCAAGCAUCAAGAGGCUUUUAUUAA